ACAUCAAAUUUUAUUUUUGUUCUAAUAAGACAGAGCAUUUUUCUUAAAAGUUUAUUAUUUCUUGAAAAAUUUGUCAGCUUUCGCACUGGAGCUCUCGGAGCUCUCUUAUUUUAAAUAAACGGUAGAAAUCCCCAAGAUGUCCCAAAAUUUGAAAUUAGCGGGAAAAAUUUAGGACAGAAUUUUCCGAUACAUAUUCCGGAAUAACAUAACCUCAAAUUCUCUUCUCAGUGUGCAUUUGGAAGUUGCUGGACGUGUCAGUGGGAAUUUAAGGGAUUUUUUCGUGAAAAUUAGUGAAAAUCGCACGUAAAAAUGGGCGAUGGAGUGCGUCAUUUAUGUGAGACGGUGGACUGCAAAAAGGAAGCUCGAUUACAGUGCCCUACAUGCUUGAAAUUGGGCAUUGUUGGUUCAUACUUUUGCGACCAGGAAUGCUUCAAGAAGAGCUGGAAAUCUCACAAGAUUAUCCACUCUCUAGCCAAGGGGGAAGAUCCCAAUAACAGCACUGCCAAUGGUGUCUUCAAUCCAUGGCCAAAUUUCUCUUACACCGGCAAAUUGCGUCCGGCCAAGCAGACCCCGAAGCGAGAAGUGCCUUCCCACAUUCCUCGACCAGACUAUGCCGAUCAUCCACUGGGCAGAAGUUUGGCCGAGGAGGGCUUCCGUGGAAAUACAACGAUCAAGGUGCUGGAUGACGAAGAGAUUGAAGCCAUGAGAGUGUCCUGUCGUCUAGGACGUCUCUGUCUUGAUGCAGCAGCUGCGGCAAUUGAAGUGGGAGUGACAACUGAUGAGAUUGAUCGCAUUGUCCAUGAGACAGCCAUCGAGAAUGAUUGCUAUCCCAGUCCUCUGAACUACUACAACUUCCCCAAAUCCUGUUGCACAUCAGUGAAUGAGGUUAUCUGUCAUGGAAUCCCGGACAUGCGUCCCCUAGAAGAUGGUGACAUCUGCAAUGUGGAUGUCACUGUCUACCAUCGUGGUUUUCAUGGAGAUCUCAAUGAGACCUUCUUUGUGGGCAAUGUUUCUGAUCAGCACAAAAAUCUCGUGAAGAUCACUUACGAAUCCCUCUGCAAGGCCAUUGAGAUCGUUCGGCCGGGCGAGAAGUAUCGAGAGAUUGGGAAUGUGAUUCAGAAAUAUGUUCAGUCGCACGGAUACAGCGUGGUGAAGAGCUACUGUGGCCAUGGGAUUCACCGUCUCUUCCACACAGCACCAAAUGUGCCUCAUUAUGCUAAAAACAGUGCUGUUGGCAUGAUGAAGGCUGGCAACUGCUUCACGAUCGAGCCCAUGAUAUCCGAGGGCACGUGGCGUGAUGAACAGUGGCCGGAUAACUGGACAGCCGUGACGCGGGAUGGUUUGUGGUCAGCUCAGUUCGAGCAGACGCUCCUCGUGACGGAUGAUGGCUGUGAAAUUCUGACACAACGCGCCAGUGGAAAGCCUCACUUUCUGGACAAAAUGUAACAGGUUUUUAUAAGUAUCAUCCAUCACUUUAUUUUUCACAAUUGGUUGCGUGUCUCUCUCUGUGCGCCAAUCUUGUGCCAGAAGAGAAUCCGGACAGUUUGUCGCAAUUGUUUUUUUUUUUUCGGGAAUGUUUCUGUUGUAUUUCAGUUUUAGAGACAGAGAUCGUGAAAAAAAAUAGCUAGUAGAAUUAUUAUAUUCUUAUCAUCCUUUUUUUUGUUGUUGUUGAUGAUCGUUUUCUUUUUGAAUCACCACGGUCCUUACAAUAAAUAACAAAAAUAUUUAA